AUGAAUCUACUCCUCAAUACCGAAUGCAUGGACUGGCUACCUCUGAGAGAAGACAGACUCGUAUUGCAGUCCUCGUCACACUCUAUCACCGAAAGCAGCUUACUUUUGUUUUCCGUGUUGCGAUUGAAAAAAAUUCGAAGUAUUCAAGAAGACAACAGAGUGUAUCUAAACCUUAAUCUAGAUGAACAAGAACUCUAUUUUCAAGCGAAAGACUUUCUUACAGCAAACCCUUAUCUAGAGGGAGAUUUAACGCUCUCGCAAAAUCUAUCCAUCCAAGAGAAGGGGGUUCGAGCAUGGGAAUUCGUGCGAGAUAGUAUGCUUACAAAUAAUGACAUAUUGAUAAUACAGAAGUAUGAAAUCAACUUUUUCAAAAGGUUGGAGUGCUCUGUUCUAACCAACUUGCCCAUUCCAAAGGCGAACGAAGUUUACUACUUCGAAAGCAAGAUUUUUUCUCUCCCAAAUCCUGAAGAAACCAUACUAUCCAUUGGGAUCAGUGUGAAGCCAUACCCUUGGUUCAGGCUACCUGGGAGACAUGCACACUCUAUUUCCUACGAUAGCGAUGGCCAUACUCGCCACAACGAGCCAUUUCCAAUAUCAAACGAGGCACCGUUUCCAAAACUCAUAGAGGGUGAUGUUGUGGGGAUAGGCUACAAAGUUCGCUCUGGAACUGUGUUCUUCACCAGAAACGGAAAGAAGCUAAGUGAGCUGCGGAUUAAUGGGCAUUCCAAAAAAUUUAAACCACAAGCAAAUGGACAAAUCUUCCCAAUAAUUGGAGCCAAUAAUCUCUGUUCAAUCCAUGUAAACAUUGGUCAGCUUGGCUUUGUCUUUAUAGAAGGAAAUGUUAAAAAGUGGGGAUUUGCGCCUUUGCAAGGGAACGGACCAGCACCUCCAGCCUACAACCCAUUCAAUGAUGAUAUUUUGCUCGAGCGUUCAGAUGUGGAUGAGCUGAAUGGUUUGACAGACAGGGAGAAUGAUUUUCCUCCCGACUUCUUGGAUAUCGAUAUUCUUAGUGGUGAGCACAAUGAGAACGGUCUAGAUACGCUGGGAAAUGACCUUAUUACUAUGCACAGUCUUCUACCGGAUCUGCCACCUUGUUAUGAUCAAUCAUCGGCACAUGCCGAAUAUUAUGUCCAAGAUUGA